AUGUUUUCCAGGGUUGCCGGCCUGUACGUCAUACUCGACCUCCACGGAGCCCCCGGCUCUCAAAACGGCCUGGACAACAGCGGCUUUACCAGCCCCGAUCCAAACGAGAUAGUAUGGGGGGAGACGUGGAUGUAUUCUCCCGAAAACAACGGCAACACUGUCCGCAUCCUCGCGGCGAUGGCGGAGUACAUCAACCACAUCGAAGACUCCUUCGGCCUCGACAACAUCAUGGCGCUCGAGCUCCUGAACGAGCCUUGGGCACACCUGGACCUCGGCCGCGUGCGCGACUUUUACGUGACGAGCAUCACGGCGGUGCGGCUGGUGCGGCCCCUGAUGCCGAUCAUCAUCCACGACUCCUUCAGGGGACCCAUGUGGGCCACGCUCAUGAAGAACUUCCCGUACAAAGACAUCGUGAUGGCUGAUCUCUCUUCGGACACGGCCGUAGGAGACAGGCAGAAGAUAUAUGUGCAUGAGCGUAUGGCGUGCUCGUACACGUCCAUGCUCCGGUACCAGACCUGCGCCGUGCUUCCGGUUAUGGUCGGGGAGUGGUCGCUCGCCGUGGACAACUGUAUGCCCUGGCUAGACUCGAAGUUUGCCGACUUCGGUCAGUGCGAUCACCUCACGGAGAGGGAAGGGAACAGCUGGUGGUCCGAACACACGCGGUCCUUCGCCAUGAGGCAGAUCGACCGUUACGAAAGGGAGAUGGGCUGGGCCUUCUGGACGUGGAAGCUGGAGGACCACCUCGAGAAAAACGAACCCGCAUCCAAGUACUGGUCCUUCAGCAUGGCGGUCGAGCACGGCUUCAUCGAUACGGAUUUCCCGGAGGACGCCUGCAUACACCCCCCGGCGACCGAUUGGGCGGAGCCCCUCGGCACCGACGGCAGCGGCAGUGGAGGGGAUGCCAACCUUGCGGCAGCGCAGGCACCGUCGGGGGUAACGGCCCGUGUGGACGGGAACGCGGCGGCGGCGGUUGAGGUAUCGAACUCGCCCGAGGAGCCAAUGCGCGGGUCUCAGAAGGGGGCAUCCUCUCCCGGCGCCAUGCUGGGCUUGGUGCUGCUCGGAGCCAUGGCGGGAGCGUUGGCCACCUUCCUUCUCGUCCGCCGUAAGGCUGCCUCCCAGGGGGCGUCAGCGUCGGCAAGCGGUGGCGCGGAGAAGCGCGGUGGCAACAGGGGUGCCGGCUGGAUGCCGGCCGUGUUCAGGUAUAUCUAA